GCGGCGGCGCCAUCUUGGCGAAGGGGGGAUCAGGAAGUGCGGACCGCGGCGGCGGCGGCGGCGGCGGAGCCCGGAGCGGAGGCCGGAGGCUCCCGGCCCGCCGGCCCCGGAGCGGAGCGGAGCGGAGGAUGCAGCAGCCGCAGCCGCAGGGGCAGCAGCAGCCGGGGCCGGGGCAGCAGCUGGGGGGCCAGGGGGCGGCGCCGGGGGCCGGGGGCGGCCCAGGGGGGGGCCCGGGGCCGGGGCCCUGCCUGAGGCGAGAGCUGAAGCUGCUCGAGUCCAUCUUCCACCGCGGCCACGAGCGCUUCCGCAUUGCCAGCGCCUGCCUGGACGAGCUGAGCUGCGAGUUCCUGCUGGCUGGGGCCGGAGGGGCCGGGGCGGGGGCCGCGCCCGGACCGCAUCUCCCCCCACGGGGGUCGGUGCCUGGGGAUCCUGUCCGCAUCCACUGCAACAUCACGGAGUCAUACCCUGCUGUGCCCCCCAUUUGGUCGGUGGAGUCUGAUGACCCUAACUUGGCUGCUGUCUUGGAGAGGCUGGUGGACAUAAAGAAAGGGAAUACUCUGCUAUUGCAGCAUCUGAAGAGGAUCAUCUCCGACCUGUGUAAACUCUAUAACCUCCCUCAGCAUCCAGAUGUGGAGAUGCUGGAUCAACCCUUGCCAGCAGAGCAGUGCACACAGGAAGACGUGUCUUCAGAAGAUGAAGAUGAGGAGAUGCCUGAGGACACAGAAGACUUAGAUCACUAUGAAAUGAAAGAGGAAGAGCCGGCUGAGGGCAAGAAAUCUGAAGAUGAUGGCAUUGGAAAAGAAAACUUGGCCAUCCUAGAGAAAAUUAAAAAGAACCAGAGGCAAGAUUACUUAAAUGGUGCAGUGUCUGGCUCGGUGCAGGCCACUGACCGGCUGAUGAAGGAGCUCAGGGAUAUAUACCGAUCACAGAGUUUCAAAGGCGGAAACUAUGCAGUCGAACUCGUGAAUGAUAGUCUGUAUGAUUGGAAUGUCAAACUCCUCAAAGUUGACCAGGACAGCGCUUUGCACAAUGAUCUCCAGAUCCUCAAAGAGAAAGAAGGAGCUGACUUCAUUCUACUUAACUUUUCCUUUAAAGAUAACUUUCCCUUUGACCCACCAUUUGUCAGGGUUGUGUCUCCAGUCCUCUCUGGAGGGUAUGUUCUGGGCGGAGGGGCCAUCUGCAUGGAACUUCUCACCAAACAGGGCUGGAGCAGUGCCUACUCCAUAGAGUCAGUGAUCAUGCAGAUCAGUGCCACACUGGUGAAGGGGAAAGCACGAGUGCAGUUUGGAGCCAACAAAUCUCAAUACAGUCUGACAAGAGCACAGCAGUCCUACAAGUCCUUGGUGCAGAUCCACGAAAAAAACGGCUGGUACACACCCCCAAAGGAAGAUGGCUAACCCUGGAGUAUCACCCUUCCUCCCUCCCCAGGCACCACUGGACCAAUUACCUUUGAAUGCUGUAUUUGGAUCUCACGCUGCCUCUGUGGUUCCCUCCCUCAUUUUUCCUGGACGUGAUAGCUCUGCCUAUUGCAGGACAAUGAUGGCUAUUCUAAACGCUAAGGAAAAAAAAAAAAACACACAGAACUGUUUCAAGUACUCAAGACUGACUUACAGACCAACCAACCACCUUGCUGGAACCCUUGCUAGCAGGCAUUCUUAUAAAAGAAACUUUCGAGCCUCCUUAUAUUGCUGGAAACUCAGCUGUGCUCCAGACUAGAGCCUCCUUACCUAUGCUAUGGAUUUUUAAUUUAUUUUCUCUUAUUUCAUGUACACUGCUUUUUUUGGUUACAGUGUAUGAUGGAUGUGUAUGAAAAAAAUGUAUCUUUGGGAAAACAAUUACAGUUUGUUAAUUUGAA